GUUGUGACGGCUGGCGAGGAGAGCGUCUGCUUCAUGAGGAGGCCUUUGUGUCUCCGGGUUGUUAGCCUUUUUUCAGUCUUCACCAGAGUCUGUCAAUGUUGAAUAUGGAAAGUUAGGGUACACAUAGGUGGCUUGCCCCCAGAUGAUCACAAUGGAAGUAUUAGAAGCCAACAAGAUUUUAUCUGCAGCUCAGGAAUGUGAGAGUGAGUCUGUAGGAGAGGGAGGGUCAGCAGAAUGUCUGCUGCAGGACACCCCACCUGCAGCAUCAAUCUUAACUCCGAUGACACCCAAUAUGACCCCAUCGCAGUCUCAGCACACAGCCUCCACAACUGAUCUUGACAAGAAUACUCCAAGUAUUGAUAAUUUACUACAACAGGAGGAAGGUGGGGGAAGCAUUGGAAGUAUUGAAGCUAUUUCUGGGACAGUCAGAUCCAGACUUCUGCCAGGAGAAACACAUUCACGAGCUAGCAUGAAUAACUUGUUGGAGACAAGUAGCAAUGCCUCAGAUAGUAUUCACAGAAAUAGUGCCAUUUUUGUAGAUGAUGCAGCUAUACACAGUGCAGGUGAUUCACGAAGUAACAGCAGAGACCAAGAGGAUUUAGAUGGCAUAAGUGUUGUAGAAGGAGAAAUCAAAGUGGUGUCGGACAGUGGCGAGUCAGGAGACGAGAGAACAGGAUCCAAGUGUCUCGGAAAUGAAAUUGGGGGCACCAGUGGCUGCGGUGGAAGCAGUGACGGUGGUGGCAGUGGUGGCCAAGUGGUGUUCAGUGAAGAGCUGCCUGAAGGGCUGGAGUCCUACGUGACGCUGACUGGCACCAUCAAACGUGGGAAGAAGAAAGGCCACAGUAUUGAUGUGAAGGUAAAUCUGUCACGGGAAGAACUAGAGGAUCUGGAAGCUUCUAUCACACAAACUUUGGGCCCUGAUAAACCCAAGCCUUCCUGUUCCCUGCGUUACGGCCUGCACAUAACCUUACUCUCUAUCCUCUGCUUCCCAUUUGUCUUCCUGGUGUCUGGGGCUUACUCAUUUUACCUUGGAACCCUCACAUGGUAUAGCAUGUUGACAAGGGUUACAGAAGCUCGAUGCCUUCCCAAGAUUACGCUCCCACCGCUGCUCAUAUUACUGUAUCCAUUCCUGAUAAUUGUCUUUACUCUGGGCUUAGGCAUUUAUGCUGCUUGUGUACAGAUCUCCAUAUCAUAUGAUUCCUGGUGGUGUGAGGUGAGUGAUCCAGAGAAAGGGUUUUAUGGAUGGUUGUGCUCAUUGCUGCAUGUUGAGGAAUGUGCACCUUAUGAAACAGUUGUUCUCAUGACAGAACCUCUGCACACGAAGGUCCGGGAGGGCACUGUGUAAGACUUGGCUGUGCCCUUGGCUUUAAUGUAUGUUUAGUAGGUACUCUUUUUUUCUCAAGUCACAUGAUUUUAGUUUUGAGGCGUGUGUCUCAUUAACGAGAGUUCAUUAGUUUAAUGAUACGUAUGGUAUUUUGAUACUUUGAAUUAGAAUUUUAAGGUAUUUCUUUGGAUUCUUCGUUGCUAAUAAGGAUGUGAAUACUCGUUGUAAUUAGAUUUAUACCUUAGAAAAGUAUUCAUGAUGCUCAUAUUAUACCCCAAAAAAUCCUGUGUUAUUCAGUGAAACUUGUGCAUUCCUUUUUGUUGAAUAUGUUUAGAAUUUUCUUUGUAUGUUAAUUGUAUUUUCUAUAUUGUUUUAUAUGAAUAUGUUUUAUUGUGAUAUAUGUUGCUGUUAUAGUGCUAUUUACUGAGAUGAUUUUGAAAGGUAAUACUUCAGUUACCAGUGCACUCUUGCCUACAUAUUUGCCUUCAUUUUGAUGAAUUGUUUAUGCUGUCAAUUAUUAUUUUUUAAGUAGAAUUGCACUUUGUAAAAGUGUAAUUGAAAUUUUAGGAAUCUGGAAAAAAGUGUUUUAAUUAUUUUCAAGAUGUUUUGACACAUUAUUUGUAAUUGGGUGAUUGUCGUGAUUAUUUUAAUAUUUGAUGUGCACUUUUAAGAAAUUCUAAAUGAAAUCUCAUAGAACUACAACAAAUACUCAUAUUUGUUAAUGAAUGAAAUGAUUAAUGUGAAUUAUGAAUUAUGAUUUGAUAAUGAAGUUCUAGUCAGUUGGUAAUGGCAGCUUGAUAAAAAUUAUAGUGAAAUUUCUUAUUUGUUAGUUUUACUAGCAGUUGAAUUUUCAUGUGAUCAGACUGGUAUACAAUUUACCUUUAGGUUUCAGUGUAGCUUUUUUUCUACUUUUUGUUUAAAGUACAUGUUUUAUGAAAGGAGAAUGAAUUUCAAAGACAUUUAUCAUAUAUUCUCGUAUACUUUCCCUUGCCCAUUGUAUUUAUAUAAAAGAGGUGUAUUGUUUAAGAAUAUGAUAGGUCCUUUACAAAAGGGCAUUGAAUCUCCGUCAUACAUGGUGUUUUUCAAUUCAGAUGAAUGUAAGAAAUGUCCAUGCAUUUUUUUUUUCACAUAAAGUUAUGGUAUUGUAAAUUCUGUGUUCUUUAUUAUGGGAGUAUUAGCUCCUGAAAACUUGUGCUAUAAUGGUUGUAAGUCAGUAUUAUGAUGAACUGACAAGUGUUUUGUAAUGGAAAAUUUAUUAUGUGCUUCUGAUGAUAGACAGUUGCUUCCAUUUCUUUCUUAUUACUUACUCUACUUCAUACCUCAUGAUAUGCACAUCAGUUAUAUGAUUUUCAAAUGUUAGAUUCUGAAGGUGAAACUUCAUUCAGUGUAUAUGUAAGGAUGCAGUAGAUGCCUUUUUUUUUGGUAUAGAAUUUAGGCAACAGGAUCCCUAUAUUGCCAUAGUACCUUAGAAUGUGUAAAACUGUUUAUCUUGGCUGUUUGACUGAUGAACUGGAAGAAAAGCAGGAUGCAGACUUUUUAUAUUAUUUAAAGAUGCCUUGGUAGAUUUUAGGGUUACCAGGUUGGAGGUUAACAUCUAGAAAUGUAUUUAGUGCUCUACCUAGAAGGUGUAUGUAGAAAAUUUGUAGCAACUUGAGGAGGAGCUGGGGUUUACCUUCUUAAUAGUACCUGAGAUUGGCUUCCUCUUCAUAAAUCUAUGAAGCUUCAUGGCUCAUAAGCAUAUUUGUACGAAAGGUCCUGCUAUCUGACUUUUGUUUCUCGCCAGUAUUUUGUAGAGAAUUCAUAGUUCUACAGUAAAGCUUCAUUUCAUUGAUUGAGAAAUCCAGUUGUAUUACAUUGUCUGACAGACUUAUUAAUAGCCUAGACUAGAAAAAGUAGCCAGACAGUAGUACCAGAUUUGUAACUCAAAUCCAUCAUGAAAACUUGCAUGUGUUUCACCCCUUUUUACUUUUAUGAGAGUAAAGUAUUUAGAAAAGACUCUUUCAUUUCUUAUAUAUAUAUGAUAUAGAUCAAGUGAUACUUGACUGAAUUUGUGCUGAGUAUGGUAAAUAGAUUCAGAAAUAAUGCCAGAUGGAUAUCUAUCACAGUUAUCUGUCAUGUAAGAGGAAAUUUAGAUGGAAGACAAUAAGUGGUGACAAGACCUGUUUAAAAAUGGGUAUAAGCAUAAAGUCUUUCACUUAUGAUUUAAAUAACGAUAUACGGUCUUGUAUUUAAGGUACAUUGCACCCUCUUGUGAAAGUUGGAUUACACAAAGAGAAUUUAUAAUAUUUCAAUUUUGUAUUUUGGCUAACUGAAAAAGUAAUACUAACACAGUGAUCAGUCUCAAAUUGAUGAAGCAAGUAGCUACAGUAAUUUAAUAAAUGCCAAGUUGAGCUGCAUUUUGUUAUAAACCAGAACCAGCAUGAAUCACCAAAGUCAUAUGUGUGUAAUUUGACUCAGUAGUUAUGAUACGCAAAGGUUUUUUCCCUGUGAGCCCAGGUAAAUUAAGAGUAGAAACAGAUGUGAAAAAGUCAGCAGCCUCACCAAGGAACCCAAAGUGCAUUGUUGGUGAAAAGUAGCAUAUUGCAGAUUGUGGUUUUAAGAAGUUAAGCAGUCAUUCAAAUUUUAUUUAGACUGUUCUAACAUUAGUUGACCAUUGUGUAGAUGGUGUUGGUUCUAAUUUUGAUGUAAAUGUUUUGCAACUUAGCGUUAAUUAAAUUCUGUGCCUUUUACUGUGGCUACUGUUUUAAGAACUUUCUGACCUAUUUUUGCAUAUUUUUGUAGGAAGGUACUUUAAGGUACUUUAAUCAGCAUAUUUAUUGAUUUGCAUAGAUUAUUACCAAAUAUUUGUUUUUGUCAAAUCUCAACUUUUAAAGUUUCAAACUUUAGUUUUUUGACUUGUGUGUAUAUUUGGAAUAUCUGUGGUUGGUCUUUUAUUUUUGUGUUCUCUUGGAGUUUUCCUUACAAGAAAAAUUUAAGAUAUCAAUUUUCAUAGACUCAACCUACUUCCUGGAACUCACUACCAGGAAGUUUAUUUUUUCUUGUACGCAAAAGUUUAAUGGAUAGUCUUUUGUUUGGAAAUAUUCUCAUAAAUUGAAGUUGCCUAACAUAUUGCAGUGUUUGAGGUGUCUUUUUUGAAUGUAUGAACUAUAUUGACAAGAUUUAAAAUAUAAUGAAUUAUGGUACAUGUAUUUUUUUUUUUUUUUUUAAGAACAUGUGGAAAAAUAUUUGUGACAGUAUGGUUACUAGGACCUCUAGAAAUGUCAGAUCCUGCCAGUUUUUCAUCUUGGUAAAGCAAAAAAAAGUUCUAUAUCAUAUGGUUUGGGACACAGGUGUACUUCUCAUUGUUUACUGCAAAAUAUGUUCAUGGAUUACGGAAAUAGUUCCAUACAUGCAGUAUCUUCAACACUGCUUAAUAUAACGAAAGAAGGUGAACAUGUAGUAGAUAUGGCCAGUUUAUGCAAGUAAUAAUGACUCAUUCAUUGUAUCCAGGUUGUAUAUAAAAUACUCUGUUACAUGUAAGAUAUGUAUUUUCUUCUGUAACAUGCAUCAUCAAGUACCCUUUUACUCACUUUAUUUUUAUUUUAUUUAUUUAUUUUUUUUUUGUAUAGGAUUAUUGAUAAAUGUGAUGUGAAAAAUUUAAGUUGUCAAUAGCAACAUUGCCAUUUCCUCUAUUCAUUGGUCACAGAAUUGAAUGGUGUUUGUUAUUACAAUUGUUACUAUAUCAUUUUUAUAUAUGUAUAUAUCUUUUUACACUCUUCAUUUGCAAUUUUGUUUUCUUACUCAUUUUAUCAUGUAAAGGUAUCAGAUGUAGUAUUUGAGCAUUGUGAAAGAAUCAUUUUCAUGAUCACUGGGUAUGUAGAUGUGAUUUUGAAAACAAAAAGCAUUGCAUAGAGCAUGUGCCCGUAUUUUGUAAGACUGCACAAAUAAGCUCAAGAAGUGGUUGUCUUUAAAAAGAGAUGAAAAAAUAUGGGAGAAGGUGGAAGGGAUUUGAAUGAAGUAGGCAAAAUACACCAAUGUACAGCUAUGCAGAAAACUAUCAUUAGGAGGGGUGUCAAAACAUUCAAUAAUGAACAGAACCAUAUGUUUCAGAAGGGUUGGUAGUCUUGGAUAGUCAUUCCAGAAUUCAUAUGGAUUCACUGUGAGAUGAUGACUUUAUUCCUGUAAAGGAUGGAAUAUGCCUUGCAAUAUUCAGAUAAGCCACACAUACCCAAGAGUAGGUGGAAAAUCAGGGAUACUAACAGUUUUGUAUCGUUAACAGCUAUAUUUUAAAAAGUAUUGCUGCUUGUGUCAGAAUGUUGAGCUUGAUUUUCUAAUUAUAUUAUUCUGUGUAGCUGUACAACAAUAAUGUUUUUCAUUUUACAUGUGAUUUGGUUACUUGUCCAAGGGUUUUUUCUUCUCUUUGUUUCACCAGUUCAUUAGAAUUCUUUGAAAUUUUAUGGAUGUUCUUAGCCUGUUGAUGUUGGGAGUGUGCUGUCCACUAUGAUUUUGUUUUAUUCAUAUUGUUUAUAUAUAGAUGGAUUCAUAAGUGUUUAGUUACCAAGGAGCCAAUGACUAGGCCUACUUUGUAUUUUGAUAUUAUUAUUGAUAACUUCAGAAUAGUAAAAGGAUGAUUGUAAUAAAUGGUAAUAUUAGCAAUGAUGAUGUUAGCAAUAGAAUGAAAAACUUUCUGAUGAAAGCUUAAGAAAUGGAGUAAACAGAUAUAGGUAGGUUUAGUAGUUAUCACCUUGGCAACUAAGGGCUGGCAAAUCCACCUGUGUACAAAUGAAACAAAUAAAACAGAACUGCAGUGUCCUGUGUACGUGCCCAAUGGGUUAACAAAAUUAAAUCAAGUUUUAGAG